AUGCCUUUAGUUUGUAAGCGUAAUGGAGGGAAAUUUGUUACAAUAAAUUUACAAAAGACACAACACGAAAGAAAAGCAGAUUUAAUAAUAAAUGCAAAACUUGACAACGUUUUUUGGCGUGUUUGUAGUUCUCUAGGGUUACAACUUUCUCCAAAUUUAAUAAAAACUGAGAGUAACAACAAUUUAAAUUUAUUAAAAAAUCCUUCACCAAUUUUUACAAAAAGUGAAAUUGAGGAAUUUGAUAAAGAAAUAAAAAAAGAAUUAAAUUUUAGGGAAGGAAAAAAGCGUAAAAAUGCGUCGUCAAAUAAUAAAAAAAUGACGAAAAAUAAUAUUAAAAAGGUUAAUAAUAAUGAUAAUUAA